ACGAUAUCAUGGAAGCUAUAACCGCAAACAGGUUGGCUUGUACGUUGAUGAGCAUCAAUGUACAAAGUUUGAAUGCACACUCGUCGGACAUUGCAACAGAUCGGGUGCUUACCGCCGUUGAUUUGCUUGCAAUGAGCGAAACUUGGCUUGACAACGGCACAACCACAAACAUCAAUGGAUACCUUUGUGUUUGUCAAGAGAAGCGUGACGGAACAAGAGCGGGAGGAGUGGCAAUAUUUGAACGUGCUGGUUCGUCGACUAUGGCCGUUUCUCACGCCAUUACGAAGCUCAAUGAAAGCUAUGACCCAGCAUUGAGUGUAGCAGACGAAUAUGGGGACUGCUGUGCUGCAGAGGUUUCAAUCAUGGAAACCCGCACGUUACUGUUUGCGGUAUAUAUUUCACCAGGUACCACCCUGAAGCAAAAGAAAUAUUUCUUAGUGCGCAACCUCAUAAAGUACACCCAUGUUGCCAUGCCCGUGGUAGUGUCGGGAGACUUUAAUAUUGAUGUGACGAAAGAGGAGAACAGAGAUUUCAUCUGGUUCAUGAAGCAGUUUCUCUAUCUGGAUUGUGCUUCGGAUCCAACUAUAGCGACUACUCUGGGUGGCACAUGUCUCGAUCUAACGUUCACCCGGAACGUAAGUGUGGAAUGCAGGAGUUACUGCACGUACUUCUCCUACCACCGGCCUAUUUUGUCGAUUCUUGCGGUGUCCCGAGAACCGAUGCCAUCCCAGUGAAGUGAAUUAACGUCACUGAUCGUCGUUGGUCCGCUAGUUCAUCUGCCAAAACGUUCGAUUUCAACCAGAAUGACCAAUCAUUGACAUCAGCCGGACAGUCCGUAGCAAAAAUAGAUAAUUGAUCCUGAAAAUGAAACUUGAGUAUUUGGUAAUUAAAUUUAUAUUUAGAUCAUAAUGUAUUUAAUAUGAAACAUUCUUU